CAUGGUCGACUUAGCAAUACUAGAUGAGAAAUUGGAGGAACAGAGAAGAACAUUCGAAGAAUCAAAUGCUCAAUUUAGAGUUGAGAUGACAAGAACAUUCAAAGAAUCGAAUGCUCAGAAUAGGAUUGCAAUGGAACUACUCUUUCAACUGGUCAAUUCCAUUAAGCUCAACUCUUUUAAAGAAAAUCUGUUGAAUUCUGGUGAUUAUCCAGAAGCUGAACAUUUCCCAACUGUCAAACAAUGA